GCGUCACCAACAAUUGUCGUUGUAAUUUCAAGGGUAUUUGUGAAUGUUAAAUGCUAAGAAGUUCUGCAUCUCACACCUCAUUCACCACCUGCAUUGUUCCUCAGCCUCGAUAUCCUCAGCUUACCUUGACUUUAACACAAUCAUCAUAACAAUCACCACCAAAACCAUAAACCACAAAUCACAAUGUCCCGUCUCCUAACCCGCCUCCCACGCACCAUAGCCCCCGCGGCUCCGCUCCGAAUCACCAGGGGCAGCAGCAGAAUCACAACCAGAGGAAUAGUCACAGACCUCGACACAGGCGGCACCCGCAAGCGCAAAUCCAAACAAACCGCCGAUAAAAAGACCGGCCAUAUCAAAAUCCUCCCCUCCCUUAAACAAAUAGUUGAGGAAACUAUCAAGCAUCCAGAAGAAUGGGAGGGUGUCCACGCUGAACGUAUCGCCUUCAUGGGUAGCGACAGUGCUAAAGCGGUGGCUCAUCCGGAGGAGUGGGAGGGAAUCAGGGCUGAAGCGGAUGUCAGCGAUGGGUGGGAAGCCGGCCUCGCCGGGAGGAAUGCCGGGGGAGAUGUGACGGAGGCGUGGGGGAGUGAGAUGGCGAGUGAGGGGAUGAGUGGCGCGGAGGCGGUUAGUGGCAGUGCUCGGAUGAUGGGGAGGGAUAGUGAGGGUACUAGUGAACGGGCUCCGGAAGGGGUUGGAAAGCAAAAGAGCGAGGGGAGCAGCACUAGAAGGAGUGGGAGGGAAGCAAGUGGGAAGGAAGCAAGCGCGGACAGUAACAGCCCCGACUACGCCAGCCCGAUGGACGCUCAUCAGAGUCAGGAUCUGGGGCGAGCGACGAUUCCCAUCGAUGCUUCAACUGGGCUUGGGCAGCAACCGAUUGCCACGUCAGGCGGGUUUUCCACAGCAGAAUCAGAUAUCAGAGAGAGAUCGAUGCCUAACUUAUCAGUCGGCCCGAACUUAUCAGUCGGCGCCGCUUCCAUCCCCAGCUUCACGUUGGAAACGCAACCUCGUCCGGCCCCUACGGCUGUUAGCUCCUUUGCGGCUGCUUCGACUGCUUCGACUGCUUCGACUGCUUGGAUUUCUUGGGGUUUUAUACAAUCGCCCACCCUGGGCAGCUCGGGUAGCUCAGGCUAUACUCCAUUGAAAUCCGCCCGCUCGCACUCAACAUCCCCCAACAUCACGGCGAAAACGGGGCUUUCUGGACGUCGUACCGGUCCGGCGGGGCCGUUUGAGGAGCAGCAGAAGCCGAAGAGGAAGACGCAGGCGCAGAUGGAUGAGGAGUUGAGGAUGAGGAUGGAGGAUAUUGCGGGCGAGGGAGGGGCGGCGGGGGUGGAGUAUGAGGAUGGAAAGCCGGUGGCUAUGAAGAGGGGGGUGAGGGAGAAUAUGUUUAGGUAUAUUUAGGUGUAAGCUUUGGGAUAUCGCGUCUGUUGAGGUGUUGAGGUGUUAGCUGGUUGUGGGA